UCGACAGCGAACGCAGGCAAAGGCGGCGCCCCACAACGCGAUAAUUAUUGAGAAUCACGAACCCAACUCCAAGUCCGGGGAAUUCCCCAACGCAAAGGUUUCUGAAAAUUAUACUCGUAUCUUCCCCAGAGAUUGCCAUAGAUCAAAACCUGAACAAAAACACAACCAAAGUGAGAAUUGAUAGCACCACAAAGCAAAACCGAUAAAGCGGGUAUAAAGCAAAAGCAAUAGAAGAAGGGAAUUGAGGAAAGAGACUAGAACAACUGACUAGAAAGUGAAGCCACUCCAAAAAGGGUCAUCGCAAGAUGUUGACCCUGUGGACGGCGCUCUUCUGCUGCCUAACGGGACUGGCCGUGUGCUACCAGAGGCAAUCUGUGAGCAGCAACAACAACAAUCACAAUCACAAUAAUGCCGACUCAAAGCCCACACACAUGCCGCCAUCGCAUUAUCCGCACGGCCACAAAUGGAACGAGCCGUACUUUGAUCUGACCAUGCCCAGGAACAUCACAUCGCUGGUGGGCAAGUCCGCAUAUCUGGGCUGUCGUGUCAAGCAUCUGGGCAACAAGACGGUGGCCUGGAUACGACAUCGGGACUUGCACAUACUCACGGUGGGCACCUACACCUAUACGACGGAUCAGCGCUUCCAGACCUCCUAUCAUCGGGACAUCGACGAGUGGACACUGCAGAUCAAGUACGCCCAGCAGCGGGAUGUGGGCAUCUACGAGUGCCAGAUAUCGACACAGCCAGUGCGCAGCUACUCGGUCAACUUGAACAUUGUGGAUCUGAUUGAUGCCGAGACCAGCAGCAUGAUGCAGCAGUACUACAAUGAUGACGCCUUCUAUAUAGCCGCCGAUCGGGUGUAUCAAUCCAGCGAUGAUGAAUUCGCUGGCAUGUUUGGGCCCAUCCAGACAGUUGCCGUGCCUACAGCCACCAUUUUGGGCGGACCCGAUCUGUACGUGGACAAGGGCAGCACCAUAAAUCUCACAUGCAUCAUCAAGUUCAGCCCAGAGCCGCCGACCCAUAUCUUUUGGUAUCACCAGGAUAAGGUGCUUAGCGAGGAGACUGGCGGAGGACGUCUGAAAUUCAAGACCAUCAAAUCGGAGGAGACCAAAUCCAUUCUGCUCAUUUACGAUGCGGACCUACUACACUCGGGGAAGUACUCCUGUUACCCAUCCAACUCGGAGAUAGCCAGCAUACGCGUCCACGUCCUGCAGGGCGAGCGCCCGGAGGCCAUGCAAACGAACGCGGCGCCGGCUGCCGUCGCUUUGGCCUGUUGGUCCUGCCACACGGCCCAGGCCACUCAGGCGGUCAAAGUAAUUAGCACAAUGGUCGCGGCAUUUGUAUUGUUGGAGGCAUGCUCCUCGCUGCUGCUCCAGGGCGCUGCUGGUGGACCAGGUGGCGCUGCCGGCGGAGGAGGCCCCACCCGAUGUCGUGCCAAGGAGAGACCCGCCACAAGUUGCCGUGCUGGCCAGGAGACGACCAUGCCCAUGCCCAUGCCCAUGUCCAUUCCGAUGAGGACGCCCGGCGGCGGCGGCUGCCCUGUCAAUAAUGGCAGCAGGAAUGCACGGUGAUAAAUUAAUGUCGCCACGUUGGAAUUCCACCGCCAAUGCAGCAGCCACUGCCACCUAAAUGAGGCAGAGCUGCAGCAGAAAUGAUUUAUAGCAGCCACAGACAGGGUUGAGGCAGAAGCAGGGGAAGCAGGGGAAGCAGAAGUUGCAGAAGCAGCUAUUUUCUUUUAAGUUUUUCUUCAGAGUUGAGCUGCAAAAAAAAAAACAACAACAA